GAAAGGAAUUGCAUAGGGAAUACCAGGAUAAGAUAUUAUCUCAAGAGUCUUCAUUUGAUUGAAAAAGAGUAUGAGGCCUCAGAAUGCAGAAUCAAUUUGAGCAAUAGGUAUAAGUCGAUAGUCUCACCAACGGAAGGCAUUCAUGAGACGAUUCACUCAAAAUCAAACGAUAGGAUAAGUCAACAAUUAGAGUAUAAUUUAGUGGAGAAACUUCAAGGUUUGCCCCAGUUAAAGAACAUUGACUUAUAUAAUUUUAGAGAAUUGGAGUAUCAACUUGAGUGUUUAUUGGAGUAUCAACAAUUAGGUCAAAUUAAAUUGAAAGAAAAAUUGAUUGAUGCAACUUUAGAGAAAAUUAUUGAGAUUCCAAAAGAUUGUGGAUUUAAUCGUUUUGAUGACGGGUUUGAUGGUCAAUUUAGUGAAUUAGUGAAUAUUCUCAUUCCUUCCAAUGGUACUUUUGUUUGUAAAUUGGGGAGAAGUGCAACUUGUAAAUCCGAUAUUGCUCAAAGUUCCAAUACUCGCUACAAAUUAUUA